GGCGAGUCGUCAGGGGAGGAAUUUGAGGCCGAAGCUAUGGCUAACCCAGCGAGGGAUGCCCAAGGUGAUGCAAUGAUGAUCGAUGAGGAGGAUAGAAGAGAACUGCAAAGGAUCGCAACAACACUUUCAAGGCACCAAAGAGUAGCUGCACAAGUUGUUAUGGCAGUUUGCGGUCUUAGCCAUACUUUCAACACUAAGGUCGGUAACGACUUCGUCCGCGGCGUCUCUGGUGGUGAGAGAAAGCGUGUGAGCAUCGCCGAGAUGAUGCUUUCUGGCUCGUCGAUAUGCGCAUGGGACAACAGCACCCGCGGUCUGGACUCUGCGACUACUGUUGAAGACGUCAUUGACAUGCUCAACAUGCGUGAUUUUGUGGAUGCCAUUGUCGGUAUCUCCGGCGAGGGUCUCAAUGUCGAGCAGCGCAAGCUACUCACCAUUGGCGUCGAGCUUGCCGCUAAACCUAAGCUUCUUCUGUUCCUCGACGAGCCCACAAGUUGUCUUGACUCCCAAAGCUCGUGGGCCAUUUGCGCCUUCCUCCGCAAGCUCGCUGGUUCAGGCCAAACUGUUCUCUGCACCGCCCAUCAGCCCAGUGCUAUCCUGCUCCAGCAGUUCGACCGCCUUCUCUUCCUCGCUCGCGGAGGUAAAACCGUCUACUUUGGUUAUAUUGGCGAGGACUCUCGCACCCUUCUAAACUACUUUGAGUCACACGGUGUUCGGAGAUGCGGCCAUGAGGAGGACCCUGCCGAGUACAUGCUCGAGAUCGUCAACGACGGCCCCAACUCCAAAGGCGAAGAUUGGCACACUGUUUGGAAGUCGAGCAAUCAAAGGCAUGGUUUCGAGGCGGAGAUCGAGCGUAGCUAUCUAGAGAAGGAGCACGAGGAGGUCGCAGGCAGCGACGACGCCGGUGCCCGCUCGGAUUUCGCCAUGCCCUUCACCGUACAACUCAUGAAGGUCACUACAAGAAUCUUUCAGCAAUACUGGCGUACGCCCAGCUAUAUUUUUGCUAAGUGCUUCCUCGGUAUCGCCGCGGGUCUCUUCAUUGGGUUCUCCUUCUGGGAGGCGGGCGGAACUCUGGCUGAGGUCUGCGAGCGCCCAAGUAAGGUCUACUCGUGGAAGACUUUCAUGUUCGCCAGCAUUAUGGUCGAAAUUCCUUACCAGAUCAUCACAGGUAUCCUCAUCUGGGCUUGCUUCUACUACCCCGUCGUUGGUGUCCAAACCCCUGUCAGACAGGUCUUGGUCCUCCUAUACUCAGUUCAACUCUUAAUCUACGCCAGCUCGUUCGCCCACAUGACCAUUGCUGCCCUCCCAGACGCCCAGACAGCCUCCGGGUUAGUCACCCUCUUGGUACUUAUGAGCUUGACCUUCUGCGGUGCAUUACAACCUCCAUCGGCACUCCCCGGUUUCUGGAUAUUCAAGUACCGCGUCACUCCUUUUACCUACUGGGUAGCCGGCAUCAAGAAGUUCUACAACUGCCAGCUUGGGGGCGUCGGGGAUGGGGAAGAGCUCCUCCUGUCGGAGCAGACUACGAUGCAGGAGGCUUUUGAUGAAGCCGCUCCGGAAUUGACCGAAGAGAAUACAUGCACCGUCAAGAAGCUGAUUCGAUAA